CUUCCGCUGCUUUCCAUUACGCCCUCUUUACACUUGUCCUCGGGAGCUCAGAGGGAUUGCUUUCUUCCAUCUGGGACCUGUCAUCGCCAUCCAGGAGUCGAGGAAUCGAGCAAUGGCUGGAUUCGAAGGGGUACUUGUUUCAGAUCCUUGGCUUCAGAACCAGUUCACACAAGUGGAGCUUCGUUCGCUGAAAUCCAAGUUCAUGGCGAUGAAGGAUCCAGGUGGCAACGGAAGCUCGAUUAAGGUCCGCGACCUCGCAGCUGAGAUGUCGAGGUUGAAGAUUGCUGGCGACGGCCUUGCCGAAGAUGAGAAGGAUUCGUACCUUCGCCACUUGUUCCCUAACCUUGAUGUCCUUGUCGACUUCGAGGACUUCCUCCGGGCUUAUUUGAAGAUGCAAGGCCACGUUGGAAGGAAGAAUUCGUCUUCGGAGUUCCUCAAGGCAGCGACGACCACACUACUCCACACCAUUAGCGAGUCAGAGAAGGCUUCUUACGUUGCCCAUAUCAACAGUUAUCUCGGUGGUGAUGAUAUUUUGAAGAGAAAUAUCCCUAUUGAUCCUCUCACAGAUGAUCUGUUCGAGGUCUCUAAGGAUGGAGUGCUUCUAUGCAAACUUAUCAAUGUGGCUGUUCCGGGGACCAUCGAUGAGAGGGCAAUCAAUACCAAGAUAAUGCUGAACCCAUGGGAGAAAAACGAGAAUCAUACAUUAUGUCUCAACUCAGCUAAAGCUAUUGGGUGCACUGUCGUCAAUAUUGGAACUCAAGAUCUCGCAGAGAGCAGG